AUGGAACGUUGCCGGGCCUUCAGAGCCCCCCUUUCUCUGCCUUGCAGCCCUGCGGCGGCCAUGGGGCUGAAAAGCGCCCAGAAGGCUUUGUUCCCCUUGCGCUCCGUCUCCGACGUGGUGCACCUGUUCGAACUGGAACUCCACGGGAGCAGCCGGAUCUGGUGCUCCUCGUUGGUGCUGGGCUUCGUGGAGCACUUCCUGGCCGUCAACCGCGUCCUCCCCACCAACGUUCCCGGCAUCAGCUUCGAGCCGGCUCAGGGUCCCGAAAGCCUGACCUACUUCCCCGUGGCGGACUUGAGCAUCGUGGGCGCCCUGCAUGCCCGCUUCACUGCCCAGAUCCGCGGCGCCGUAGAUCUCUCACUCUACCCGGCCAGUGGUUACUCCUCACGGGAACUGGUCAAGAAAGUCUCGGACGUUAUCUGGAACAGCCUGAGCCGUUCUUACUUCAAGGACCGAGCCCACAUCCAGUCACUGUUUAGCUUCAUCACAGGUACCAAGUUAGACAGUUCUGGGGUGGCCUUUGCGGUGGUUGGCGCGUGCCAGGCCCUGGGGCUCUAUGAUGUGCACCUGGCGCUGUCGGAGGACCACGCGUGGGUCGUGUUUGGCAAGGACGGGGAGCAGACGGCUGAAGUCACGUGGCACGGGAAAGGCAACGAGGACCGGCGUGGGCAGACGGUCAACUCGGGCGUGGCUGAACGGAGCUGGCUCUACUUAAAAGGCUCCUACCUGCGCUGCACUCGGCAAAUGGAGGUUGCUUUCAUGGUCUGUGCCAUCAACCCCUCCAUUGACCUGCACUCCGACAGCCUGGAGUUGUUACAGCUGCAGCAGAAACUACUAUGGGUCCUGUACGACAUGCACCAUUUGGAGAGGUAUCCUAUGGCUUUGGGGAACCUGGCUGAUCUAGAAGAACUGGAGCCCACCCCGGGACGUCCUGACCUCUUCAUAUACCACCAGGGGAUCAAUUCCGCCAAGCAAUAUUACAACAACGAGCACAUUUACCCCUACAUCUACCUGGCCAGCUAUCACUGCCGUAACAAAAACGUCAAGGAAGCCCUGGAGGCGUGGGCUGACUCCGCUACCGUGAUUCAGGAUUACAACUACUGCCGAGAAGAUGAGGAGAUUUAUAAGGAAUUCUUCGACGUGGCCAAUGACGUUGUUCCCAAUUUACUCAAGGAAGUGGCCAGCCUCGCAGAUUCUACUGAAGAGAAGGGAGCUGCCGAAAGAGGAGAGGCGUCGCCGUCUCAAACGGGAGGCUCGGCGUUGCAGGACCCCGAGUGCUUCAUCCACCUCCUGCGCUUCUACGACGGCAUCUGCAAGGAAGAGGGCAGCCCCACGCCCGUCCUCCAUGUGGGCUGGGCUACCUUCCUGGUCCAGUCCCUCAGCCGUUUCGAUGGGGAUGGUGCGGCAAAAGGUGACCCUGGUGAGCAGGGACCUGGACCGAAUGACGACGACGACCAGGCAGCGAGGAUCCCGGGAAGGCCGCCGUCGGGGCCCUCGCCGAGAAUCCAAGCCGGAAGAGCCGCCCCUGGCCAAGAAGGCCACCGAACGCCGGCGUCCGAGCACCACCCAGCGAUCCGACCGGCCGCUUCCAGAGAAGGAGGAGGGUCUCAGCACCGGCUCCAGUCCCCGCCCCGAAGGCCUCGUCCUCACCUUCCAGAGCGAGAAGAUGAAAGGCAUGAAGGAGACUCCUGGUAGCGGCCAAGAUCAACUCCAGCGCCAUCAAACUGCAGCUCACAGCUCAGUCACAAGUCCAGCUGAAAAAGCAGAAGGUUUCUGUU